CACAGCAAAGAAAAUUAGUAUCUUCUGAUUAUUUUAUUUUUUUCUGGUUCAAAAGGACUUUAGACACCGAUAAGUAUUUGACGUUGAGCGCUGGAUUUACUGUCGCUGUCACAGUUUUAUUCGUUACCAGACUGUCUGCUUCAUUUACCCAGCAUGCCUCGCUUGUUGCCGUCUGGAGAGAAGGAGUGACUGUGUAGAAAAGAAUCAGCUAGCUCAAUUUGACAUCUAUGUGGUUGCUGUUACUAUGUGUUUAUUGUGGGUGAAGUAAGAGGAGGGGGGGGGAAAACAAUAUUUAAAGGAAGGUGAAAUAUCUUGUUGUCAACACCUAGCGAUGCCUCUCUUCACGACCAACCCCUUUGACCAAGAUGUUGAGAAAGCAACCAGUGAGAUGAACACAGCUGAAGACUGGGGCCUCAUUCUGGACAUAUGUGAUAAGAUAGGGCAGUCACGCACUGGGCCAAAAGAAUGUCUCCGCUCAAUAAUGAGAAGAGUGAACCACAAGGAUCCCCAUGUAGCCAUGCAGGCAUUGACUCUCCUGGGCGCUUGUGUUUCAAAUUGUGGUAAAAUCUUCCACUUGGAGGUUUGCUCUAGAGAGUUCGCCAGUGAAGUCAGUAACGUCUUAAAUAAGGGUCACCCAAAAGUGUGCGAAAAGCUGAAGGCGCUGAUGGUGGAGUGGGCAGAGGACUUCCGCAAUGAUCCACAGCUCAGCCUGAUCUCUGCGAUGAUCAAGAAUCUACGUGAGCAAGGGGUCACCUUCCCAGCUGUGGGCUCUCAGGCUGCAGAGCAAGCAAAAGCAAGCCCAGCAUUGGUGGCAAAGGAUCCCUCCACCACCACAAACAAAAAGGAGGAAGAAGAUCUGGCCAAAGCUAUCGAGCUGUCGCUAAAGGAGCAGCGGCAGCAACCGCAGACGUCCCUGUCGAGCCUUUACCCGAGCACGUCCAGCCUUCUCUCCACACACAAGUCCGACGGCAGAAAAGUCCGCGCCAUCUACGACUUCGAGGCUGCGGAGGACAAUGAGCUCACUUUUAAGUCCGGAGAAAUCAUUACCAUCCUGGACGACAGUGACCCCAACUGGUGGAAAGGGGAAACAUACCAGGGAGUCGGCUUGUUCCCUUCGAACUUUGUCACCGCCGAUCUCACUGCAGAACCUGAGAUGAUGAAGACAGAGAAGAAGACUGUACAGUUCAGCGAGGACAUCCAGGUGGAGACAAUAGAGCCUGAACAGGAGCCUGUGUAUAUAGACGAGGACAAAAUGGAUCAGCUGCUCCAGAUGAUUCAAAGUGCAGAUCCUACAGACAACCAGUCGGACAGCGUGGAGUUACUCCAGCUAGAAGGUGCAUGUAACCAAAUGGGACCUUUAAUUGACCAGAAGUUGGAGGACAUAGACAGGAAGCACUCUGAGCUGUCAGAGCUGAACGUAAAGGUGAUGGAAGCGUUGUCUCUAUACGCAAAGCUGAUGAAUGAAGAUCCAGUGUACGCCAUGUAUGCCAAGCUGCAGAGCCAGCAGUACUACAUGCAGCAGCCUGCCAGCGCGGCACAGCAGGUCUACCCCGGUCAGCCUGCGUCGGGCUCAUAUGCCAUGAGCGGCACCGGGGUGCAGGGCUACACGGUUCCUGUGGAGCAGCUCCCUGCUGGUGCUCCCAUACCGGGUCAUCCAGCUCCCGGUGACGUCCACAUGUACAUGGGCCAGCCACCGGUCUACGCCGCAGCGCCUGGUGCUAUGGCUCCAGCAGACAUUCAGUCCUACCCAAACCCCGCCAGUGCUGCACCGUGCACAGCUCCUGCGAACUACAGCGCCCCCUCUGGCACAAGCUUAGCGCCUCCCUCAGACGUCCCACAGGCCCCUUACUCAGAGAAAGCCUUGCUAUAGGCCCCCCAUCCUUCUCCUCCUUACAGAUAGGAUAAACAAACACACAUUGUCAACCCACAGUAAGAAGUAGUUCGUUGUUGUUCCCAUUAAGGAGGAGCAGCAGGUUUGAAAAUUUGAAUCGGAWCAGGCAAACACUGGCGUUUGGUGCACCUUGUGUUUUAUUUGGCAAAUAUACAUGUGAGAAUACAGUUACUUCUUUCUGCUGGUCAUGAGGUAUUCAUAAGGUUUUGAUUUGAGCUGACAAGUAUGUAAGUUUGAAGGUAURCGUAAUUAUUAUYWUUUUUKAUCAUCUUUGCACAUUUUUACCUCCUCAGCUGCUGUUAGUUGGACUGGUUUAUKUUUUGUUCAUGGUGUAAUUCUAAGCMCCUAAUUUAAACCCGGCCAGAAUGAAAUCCGCUUUUUAUGUACAAAAUCUGACAAUAAAUAAUUAAUUAAUGCUCGAUUUAAAGAUUUAUGGAAAUACAUUGUUACUUUUGUUUGUUUUUCAAAAUCUAUAAAAACCCAUUAAAAAGGGUCUUAUAGAGCUGUUUUUAAAUAAUUUUGCAAACAAAAAAAGACAUAAUUAGAAUUCUUAAUUUUCGAAUCUAUUCAAUUUCUAAAUAUAAUUGCAACUGUCSGAACAUGUAGACACAUCUUACACUUAGAGAAUAUGAUAGCUUAACAGUAAAAUCAAUAUAGGUGGAUCUGAAUAAAUUUGUUAUUCACAGAGUGAUACAUUUUAGACAUUUAUUUCAGUAAAUUUUGAUGAUUGUGGCUUAAAAAUUCAACAUGUCACAAAAUAUAUAACUUAAAAUUAAUUUAAAACAAAAAAAAAAGAAAAAUUGAAUACACCCAAAAUGCUGAAGGAACUUUGCUUCACUUGYCCUGUGUUCUCACUGUUGCUAUUUUCCCUUUUUCUGCUCCAGUUUUUCCUUCCACUAAACUUUCCACUCAAACUCUUUGAUGAGAAUUUGAGUGGAACAGUCAACUUUUUUAAAUUAUUGGUUUGUAUUCUCCUUGUGAAGAUUGACGAUGAGUGCUGGACAACUGUCAGUGUAGUGGUCUUCCUCAUGGUUAUAUUGCCYAUAACAUGGACAAAAUGUAACAUAAUUUUUCUUAGUUUAUUUUUAAGCCAUAAUCAUCCAAAUGAGCAGAAACAAACACCUAAAACAUAAUUUUGAGAUUCACCUGUGAUUAUUAGAACUUGUCCCGUAUUUCUCAACAAUGUGAGGUUUUUGKAAAGAAAACAAGUUUUUACCGAUUAGAGUAAACAAGUGUAACUGCACCUGCUGUAUAAAUUUAGAUGAUCCACAUAACGCGUGAAAUCCACAGCAGGUCUUUGACAACACUAGUAACAGGCCUACWUAUACAGACUKUAAAACACUAACACUGAGACACAUUCAGGGUGCCACGGUGAUCUCAUCCACUACAGCCGAUUUCAGCCCCGUUCUUGCCACRAAAAUAGUAUUUUUUUCUUCUUUUUUAUUUACAUCAAAACGCUAAGCUGAAAAUGUACCUGUAGUUCUCCUGCCUAUCUUUUACAAUUGUCCUCAACUUUAAGAAGUACUGAAAACUGAAGCCACUUUGAUUUCUGGAGGGAACGAAAACAAGGACAGCGGAAGCAUGCACAUGACAUUUGUAUAUACUGUAUUAAAAUGGACCCCGUGCGGUUGGCUGUAUGUUGGCACAGCUCUCCCAGACAUAAAACUAAAUUCUGCCGUUUUUGCAUGUACCUGGUGAAUUAAAGGUGUAUUAGCCAUCCCUACAUGCCCAUUUUCCUUUUCAAUCCAAGCAGCGUUGCCUCCUUUCUCAGAGGGUUGCAGUCCUCUGUGUCCAUCAGGGCUGUGCUAACAUGCGUGCACCACCAACUUGGCUACAACGGGGAAAAACUGAGCCCCACUGAUUUCUUCUCUUUUUUUUUUGUGAACACCUCGUUUGCCAUUGUUAUUUUGUAGUGCUUUCUAAUUUAUGUUUAAUUAUUAUGAUGAUAUUUUUAAUGAAGUAUUSCAGGAUGUAUGUAUUCAAAGAAUAGAGUGGAAUGUGCGAUAUUCUGCCUAACUUAGUUGUAUAUUUCAGACGAGAACCUGGGCGUUUCUCUUAUUGUACUGUAGGUUUAAUGGCGUCAUUCGAACUGACUGAACUCRAGCCCACAUGUGUUUCUGUGAUUUUUUUUUUUUUUUCUCCGACUUGAGGGACGUUUCAUCUGAUGAAGAGGCAUUAGUUGAAGAUGUUUAGUUGCUAACUCUCACCCAACAUUAGAUGAUGCAUUUAGUGUGUUCUAGUCCUGAAUAAUUUAUAUGACUUAUACAUGUAGCAGGUCUUUGAGAAAGAUGAUGGUUGGAAAAACAAAUUUUCAAUAAGCUAAUAAAAUGGAAAACUAAAGUUGUUUUGCGUUUUAUGUUUAACUAUGCUUUGUGAAGGAAAUUUGAAGUACGAAUGCUGAAGUAAACUUUAGAGUAGGGACAAGUUUCUAUACUCUGGACAAACUUUUCUGAUUUCAUUUUCUCCUUGGAUAUCUUGUUUCAAAUGUGUAAAUGUCUUGCCAUCCAUGUGCCACCUUAAGAAUGCAAAACAACUUUUAAUUUAGACUUGGUACUCAGACUCCAUUUUGGAGAAUUUUAUUUAAAUAUUAAUGUAGUCGAGGCAAACUAAAUGAGUCAAAUCGGCCGUGUUCAACCAUAGMAGCUAUUCUGGGACCAGGAGAGAAGGAGCCACUUUGUUGUCGUACGUCAUCCGAACGAAGCAUUUCAUUGCACCGCAGCGUUGGACUGCAGCCCCGAUGUAACUUUUCAUUUUUUUUUAUUUUUUUUUGUACAGGAUUGAGAUGCUGCCUGUUUUUGAGUUUAAUCUCAACGUUAUUGUAAAGGUUCUGUCCAAACUUGUACUCUGCUGUUUCUAUGUAUUCUUUUAACCAUACCUAAUAAUUGGUAUUCACAAUAAAACCAGGCCAAGUGUACAGAGUAA